AUGGCGGAGGCUCUGGCGGACCCAGGCGAUUCUGUCUCUGGUGUGUCUGCUGUGCCCGCCGGCGAGUCCGAGACCGGCACCCGUCGGCUUAGCGACCUGCGGGUCAUCGACCUGCGGGCCGAGCUCAAGAAGCGGAACCUGGACACGGGAGGCAAUAAGAGCGUCCUAAUGGAGCGGCUCAAGAAGGCAGUUAAGGAAGAAGGGCAGGAUCCUGAUGAAAUUGACAUAGCUUUAGAUGUUACCACCAAGAAGACCCCCAAGAAGUAUGAUAAAGGACAAAAGGCAGAGGAGGAAGGCAUGGAAGAUAAUGGCCUGGAGGACGAUUCCAGAGAUGAACAGGAGGAUAUGGAAACUGGUUUGGAGAACUUGCAGCACAUCGACAUGAUGGAUAUUAGUGUGCUAGAUGACAGUGAAGUUGACAAUGGCAGUGCUGCAGACUUCGGGGAGGAUGGCACGGACAGCAUCCUGUAUUCCCUGUGUGACAGCAAAGACUAUGUGACUGCACAACUGAGACAGCUUCCUGCUCAGCUUACCGAGCACACUGUGGAUGGAGAAGGCUUCGGGGACACAUUGGAUACUUCAUCGCUAGACUUCAAAGUAACUUCGGAUAUUGAAGAACCUCUGUUGGAGCCAGAAAAUGAGAAAAUACUCGACAUUUUGGGGGAAACUUGUAAAUCUGAGCCAGUAAAAGAAGAAGGUUCCGAGCUGGAGCAGCCAUUGGCACAGGAUACAAGUAGCGUGGGGCCAGACAGCAAGCUUGCGGAGGAAGAGGACCUUUUUGACAGCGCCCACGCGGACGAGGAGCAGGAGGAGGGCGAUUUAGAUUUGGCCAGCGAGUCAACACACGCUCAGUGGAGCAAGGCAGACACCCUGUUAGCAGUAGUGAAAAGGGAGCCCGCGGAGCCGACAGGCGAUGGCGAGAGCGCGGACUCUGAGCCCGCGGGGCUAGAGAAGCCAGUUGAGCAGAGUAGUAAAGGCCCAGAAGACGCGGACGCCUCCAGCGAGGAGGUGACCACGGAGGCGCCCCAGGAAGCCUCAAGCCCUGAGCCCAGAGAUAGCAAAGAAGACGUGAAGAAGUUUGAUUUUGAAGCUUGUAAUGAAGUCCCUCCAGCUCCUAAAGAGUCCUCAGCCAGUGAGGGCGCUGAUCAGAAAAUGAGCUCUCUAAAGGAAGAAAAAGACGUAAAGCCUGUCAUUAAAGAUGAAAAAGGUCGCGUUAGUAGCAGCUCUGGGAGGAACCUGUGGGUUAGUGGACUGUCUUCAAGCACCCGUGCCACCGACCUGAAGAACCUCUUCAGCAAAUACGGAAAGGUUGUUGGGGCCAAAGUGGUCACCAAUGCCCGUAGCCCUGGGGCGCGGUGCUACGGCUUUGUCACCAUGUCGACUGCGGAUGAGGCUACCAAGUGCAUUGGCCAUCUUCACCGGACAGAGCUGCAUGGAAGGAUGAUCUCCGUGGAGAAGGCUAAAAACGAACCUGCUGGGAAAAAACUGUCCGAGAGGAAAGAGGGUGAUGUGAAGAAGGAGAAGACAUCUAGUGCCGACAAGCAUCAUGCGGUGGAGGUCAAAGUGGAAAAAACUGCCAUUAAGAAGGAAGAGAAGACUGAGAGAAAGGAGGAAAAGAAGCCAGAAGACAUUAAAAAAGAAGAAAAAGACCAAGAUGAGCCCAAACCGGGAACUCCCAGUCGGUCCAGAGUCACAAAAUCAGGAAGCAGAGGAAUGGAGCGGACAGUUGUGAUGGACCAGUCAAAAGGCGAGCCCGUCAUCAGUGUGAAAACUACAAGCAGGUCAAAAGAGAGAAGCUCCAAGAGUCAGGAUCGCAAGUCAGAAAGCAAAGAGAAGAGAGAUAUCCUGUCGUUUGAUAAGAUCAAAGAGCAGCGUGAGCGGGAACGCCAGAGGCAGCGGGAGCGCGAGCUGCGGGAGACGGAGCGGCGACGGGAGCGGGAGCAGCGGGAGCGGGAGCUGCGCCUGGAGGUCUUCCACGAGCGGAAGGAGAAGGCCCGGCUGCAGCGCGAGCGGAUGCACCUCGCCUGCCAGCGCGAGCGGCUGGAGCGGGAGCGCUGGGAGCGGGAGCGGCUGGAGCGGGAACGCAUGCGCGUGGAGCGGGAGCGCCGCAAGGAGCAGGAGCGCAUCCACCGCGAGCGCGAGGAGCUGCGGCGCCAGCAGGAGCAGCUGCGCUAUGAGCAGGAGCGGCGGCCCGCCUUCCGGAGGCCCUACGACCUGGACAGCCGGCGAGAUCCCUACUGGCCAGAAAGCAAGCGGGCAGCGCUGGAGGACAGAUACCGCUCUGACUAUCCUCGGCCAGACCACCGCUUCCAUGACUUUGACCACCGGGACCGCGGCCCAUACCAGGACCACUCCAUGGACAGGAGAGAUGGUUCCAGAUCAAUGAUGGGUGAUCGAGAUGGGCAGCACUAUGAUGAUCGCCAUGGCCACGGAGGGCCCCCAGAUCGCCAUGGCCGGGACUCCCGUGACAGCUGGGGCUACGGCCCAGACAAGAGGCUGAGUGAAGGCCGUCCACUGCCAUCUGCACCCAGGGGUGGACGUGAUUGGGGAGAGCACAGCCAGAGACUGGACGACCACCAGGAGCGUCCCUGGCAGGGUGGCGUGGACACAGGUGCAGCUGGCCGAGAUCAUGCACAGUGGCAAGGUGGGGAGAGAGGCCCAUCCAGCCCAUCGGGGCCCGGGCACCUGGCCAGCCGGGGCGGCAUGUCGGGGCGAGGCGGCUUUGCACAGGGUGGACAUUCCCAGGGCCACGUGGCGCCAGCAGGCGGACUGGAAGGUGGAGGACUGACCGGCCAGGACCGGGGCAGCAGAGCCCCCCACCCCCACCCAUACCCCCACUUCUCCCGCCGCUAUUAG